AUGCCCUUCGCAUUGCCGUCCUCGCGCGCGGCGGUCGCGCUGCGCUCUAUAGCGAAAUCAUGUCCCUACUCCUCCUCGGCCUCCUUCUCGCAAGCUCGCUCGAAGAGACACUUCUCGUCCGUCUUCUCUUCCUCGCCCUCGGCCCAUCCUCGCAAGCGCUCUGCUCCGGCUGCGCACCCACACCCGUCGACCGUCUUCCGGCGCGACUUCCGCGCCUCGACGCCCUCGCUCGAUGGCAAAUCAGACCCCUACGGCACCCUCGGCGUCAGUAAGACGGCCUCGGCCGCGGAGAUCAAGAAAUCAUAUUACAAGCUCGCGAAGAAAUACCACCCGGACAUAAACAAAGAGCCCGACUCUGAGAAGCGAUUCCAGGACAUUCAGGCCGCUUACGAGAUCCUCUCGGAUCCGUCCAAGAAGUCCGCGUUCGACACCUACGGCUCCGCCGGCGGUUUCGACCAGAGCGGCGGUGGACCCGGUGAUGGGUUCAACCCGUACAGCAACUUCAGCGGCGGGUUUGGCGGAUUCGGCGGAUUCGGUGGUGGUGGUGGCUUUGGCGGCGCUCAGGGCUUUGAUUUCGAAGAUAUCUUGAAUGCAUUCUCCGGCGGCCGGAGCGGUGGACGAAGGAGAAGUGGCGGUGAUACAGUACAGGAGUUCAGGGGUGACGAUAUAGAGGUCGUGUUGACGAUCAGCUUCCUUGACGCCGCCAAAGGCGCCGCAAAGGAUGUUCACUACAACCCUCUUGUUUCUUGCAGCACUUGCUCCGGCAGCGGUCUCAAAGCCGGCCACAAGCGCACAACCUGCCGCACUUGCCGCGGUACCGGCACACAGGUUCACAUGACCCAAGGCGGUUUCAGCAUUGGCUCGAACUGCACAACCUGCGGCGGCACGGGUGUCUACACUGAUCCCUCCUCUGCAUGCGGUACCUGCGAAGGCCAGGGCGUGGUCAAGACUCGCCGCACGACCACCGUCGAUAUCCCGGCUGGUAUUGACGACGGGAUGAGACUCCGUGUCUCGGGCGAGGGCGACGCUCCCGACGUGCAGGCGUCCAAGAACGUUCGCGUGCACAGAGGAGAUCUGUACGUGCGCGUCAAGGUCGCGCCUCACAAGUCGUUCACGCGUAACGGCGCUGACUUGUUCCACACUGUCGAUAUCCCGAUGACGACUGCCGCGUUGGGUGGCCGCGUCCGCAUUCCUACUCUUGAUGGAGAAGCCGACAUUGCUGUUCCGCCUGCGACUCAGUCGGGUAUGACCAUCACCAUGACCGGUAAGGGUCUGCCUGUCGUGCAGCGACGGUCGGCUGUCGGUGACAUGAAGGUUACUUUCAAGGUCCAGACUCUAAGACCGACGACGACCGAGCAAGUCGAGCUCCUUGAACGUCUCGCAGACGCGUUCAACGACCAAACCGCGCGCCGCAAGCUCCACCCAAAGCCAAAAUCACCCUCUCCAUCAUCCUCGUCUGAUUCUUCGCCCUCGUCCGAGUCGGAUCCUUCGUCAUCGUCCAAGUGA